AUGAGGUUUUUAUGUUUACAUGGUGGUGGCACCAAUGCCAAAAUUUUUGAAAUCCAAGUUGGUGGGCUCAAACAGAAGCUUGAGAGCAGAGGGUAUCAAUUAGCUUUCGUGAAUGAGCACCGCACAGAGCUCCAGGACAUUUUUGAUGGCCCAUUCUAUGACCACUACCCGCGCGGCCUUUCCUCUCCAGGUCCCUACCUGACUGCGUCUUUUGCACACGUGUAUCGUAUAACAUCCAAAACUGGCCCUUUUGAUGCGGUCAUUGGCUUUUCGCAGGGUGCCGCGUUAGCUUCCGCACUGCUGAUACAUCAUCACGACAAAAUUGCGGAAUCAGAGUCUCUUUUCAAAGUUGGAGUCUCCAUAUGUGCCGGGACACCUUAUGAAACAUCCGGUAUAUCGAAGUUGAACCCGAAGCCAGGUACCGCAUCCAUUCAUAUCCCAACAGCGCAUAUUGUCGGGAUGCAAGAUCCCCUUUUUGAGGACGGAAUAAAGCUGUACCGGCUGUGCGAGCCAUCCAAGGUAUUUCUCUAUAAUCAUGGUUCAAAGCAUAUGGUGCCAUUCCAUGAGACUACCCGUGCAUGA